AAACUUUGUGCGGAGAUUGGAAAGUUCUUGUGCACACCAAGACUUUCGAAAAGCUAACGUACGACAAUGCCCUGGAUGCAUGCCGCAAGAACGUCGGGUUUUUCCUGCCAAGCGAGGCACUAUGGAAUAGCGUAUUGAUGGAAAUGAAGACUGGCACUGGUGAAUGCAGAGAGCUUGCCGCAACAUUUGACCAAAUCCCUCUCUGGUUCACACGGCAUGGGAAAGAAAGAGACAGAGCGCUGUUUUCAUCAAUUUGCGUUGGAGCACGUCUGCCAGGUGGCGCAGUCUCCAGCCGCGGCAUUCGCCGAGACGAAGGUGUCAACUACAUUGAGGAGAGCAGUCAUGUGAAGUGUCUAGAUGGCUACCGGACAUCAUUGCGUGAGAGCAUACCCGCCAAGCCAUAUAAGGGUAUCUGGCAGAACACUGCUGGUUGCUACAAGUAUGUGAAUGAAAUCAGUAGAAGCACCAAACUCGCUCCAAUAAAAGAAGAUGGAUAUCAGCUUGAUUACCAACGCGAGCCUCAUUUGCGCUGUGGGCCCACAUUCACAACACCACGCCGUGAGUGUUGGCCAAGAGCACAGCGUGGAGAGUUGGACGGUUCAGAUUAUUUUGAAAUGGCCAAGUUUGUCGCUAGUACCGCUGAGCCUCAUUUGGCCAGUUUGCUCACUGGCUGUUGA